GAAUGGAAGAGAGGCCUCGCUUUUAGAAUAACUCCUUUGCCUUUCUACUGAAGAAAAGUUGGAGGUGAUGUCCCUAAAAACACAAAGACACAGAAAUAAAAUAAAGCAAUUGCAACAACCUUUGACAUAGCUAGCUACCAGCUAGCUACACAUACAUUAAGCGUUUUGUUUUGACAAAAAUAGGGAAAUAUAUGAUGAUGAAUGUUAUGGGGAUUGGAAGAAGAAUAUAUUAUAUAACUCAAUUUUGAUGGAAAAAACUUAGCAACGUGUAUAGCUAGUAGUAGUGUGGCAGUAGCUACAGAGGCAAAAUAAGUAGUGUAAUUCUCCUUAGUAAAACUGGGAGACCUAGCAUGAAUAUUUAUUUACCCCAGAGAAAAAAGAAUAUUGAUUGCUCUUUGAUUAGAUUGUUUACCUCCAUUCUUUGCUCACAAAAUCAUUAGGAAAAUUCUUUCUUCUAGCUACAGUAUGAUGUUUUGAGUGCAAAAUGGUUUCACUCAUCCAAAGAAACAUAAUGACUGACUGUUUUAGGCUGUAACACAUGACCAUACCAUAUACAAGUUUCAUACGCAUGAAAGCUUUUUUUAUAAUAAGGAAGGGUUUACUAGUCAGGUGUUGUAGCUUAAUGGUUAUAACUGUCCCACUCACUUUGUGCAGGGAGAUCACGGUUCGAAUCCCUUAGCAGUAAUUCGCAAUAUAUGCAAGUAAAUGUUACCGAAGCCCUAGGUAUUUCAAACCAUAUGUCUGGUAAAGCGGGUCUUCAUAGCUGAAAAUGAGCAUUAAAUACUAUUCCAUCUAACCUGGAAAUAAUAGGCAUGAUAUAUAUCCCUCAGUAUUUACGAGGCUAACCAGUAAAAUAUGCACAUCUUAUUUGUUAAGCUAGUCUAAUUGUGUACUGUAUCCUAAACUUUAUAUCGUGUGUAUUUUGUUGUGGCUUUUUUAUAACUUAUUUUACUUAAGCUUUAAAUUUUUGAUUAGUUUUUAUUAGAGAUGGCGCCAUAGAUUAGUGGUUAUAGCUCUCAUACUUUGUGCAGGAGACCAGGGUUUGAUUCCUCUUGACGGUGAUUCACCAUGGGCGAGUGAAUGUUAACAUAGCCCGGGUUAACCCAAGCCAUGUGAAGGAAAUUGAGGAGAUAGCACACUGUGUGGGCCGUUGGAUGUUGCCAGGAGUUGUCUAGUAGAGCACGGGCCCUAAUUGGGUCUGCAUAGCUCAAAAUGAGCAUUAAAUACUCUAGGACUCUCCAUCUAAGCCAUGGUCCCUCCUGGAAAUAAAAGACAGGGUAUAUCCCUCAAUAUUUGUGAGGCUAGCCAUGUAAAAUAUGCACAUUAUCAUCAUCAUCAGAAUUAUACGACUUUAAAGUCUUGUUAAUUAUGAAUUACUGGUUGUUUAAAAUAUCACACUGCAUAGGUUAGACAUAUACAUCACCACAAAUCUUGAUAAACCUCUAGUACAGUACCCUGUUCAUUUGAUGUAAUGCAUUAAUUACCAUAAUUACUAAAACUACUUGGUCAAAAAUAUUGAGAAUCUGCCAUAUUUUUUCAAAAAAUAAUCUACAAACGUAGGUAUCAGGGAAAAAACUCCAUAGUGCAUAUUCAACUGUGGUGGAAACCAAGGUUUUUUCAUUAAAACAAAUAAAAAACAAUUUCACUAAAGGAUAGCUUUAUGUGUGACCUGUCAAUGAAGCUUGACAAAUUUCUAAAUGAAAUUGGCUGUUUCCUUGUUUGUUUACAUUAUUUUAAUUUUACUGUUGCAUUGAUCUCUGGAUUAUUGCUGUAGAUUACCAAAUUUUCGUCCCUUUAAAAUAAGAAACUUUGAAAUUUAUGCCCAGUAUAUUUUCAGUUUUCACUACUAUAUGUUUUCAGUGCUACACUUUUAUUGCAGUUAUGAAGAAAUCAUUCAAAAUUGGUGUCCUUGCAAUUCAAGGUGCUUUUGCAGAACACAAAAAUGCUUUUCAAAAUUGUGCCCUAAAAUUUAGCAUUACUAUUACCAUGGUGGAGAUACGUUCUGCUGAUGAUAUUACAGCUGAUCUUGAUGGUAUUGUUUUGCCGGGUGGCGAGAGCACAGCCAUGGGAAGGUUAUUAAAGCAAAAUGAGUUUGGAGAAAGAUUGAAAACAUACAUCUCUGGAAGCAUGACUAAUCACCGGCCAGUCAUAUGGGGCACAUGUGGCGGUUUAAUCAUGCUAUCCAAUGACCUUGUUAAUCAAAAGCAAGGUGGACAAUAUAUGCUUGGUGGGCUUGAUGUAACAGUAUCACGAAAUUUCUUUGGAAGUCAAAUUAAUAGUUUUGAAGGACCAGUUACACUGGAUAAGGACAUUAUGGGGCAAGAGACCUGUCACGGAGUAUUUAUAAGAGCGCCAGCAGUUACAUCAUGCGAUAGUGGGAAGGUGCAGGUCUUGGGUUGUGUAGACGCAAGAGAUGGUUCAGACAAAUCUAUUGUGGUGGCUGUUCAGCAGGGAAAUAUUUUAGCAACUUCUUUUCAUCCAGAACUUACAUCGGACCGUUUAUGGCAGAAGUAUUUUCUAGAUUUGAUUGUAAAACUCAACAACACUGCGUAGGCCAAAAGUUUUAAAUUUGUAUAAAAAUUCCCGAGAGAGUUUAUUACGGCGAAUUGACAUGUUGUCUUGCAAUUUUUUUGUUUUUAGCAGCUCCUCCCUUUGAAAAAGUGAUAGAUUAUAGAUAAAUUGGUAUUUUUUUCUUUACACACGAAAGACCAAGAAAGAAAUUUUAAGAUAUUCUACGAAUUUGUUAAAGUUUCAAUUUCCACAAUAUACAGUCUCUAAAGUGAGCCAACUAAGAAUGGCUUUGUUAAAGUUUUUUGGAGAUUCAAAAUAACGAAACUUUUUUGUCCAAACAACUGCUAAAGUCAAAGGAUAUUCGAGUUAUGGUAAAAAUCAGAGUUGUCAACAGCGUACUGUAUAAAGUUAGAUAAAUAUUUUUACGUUUAUUUUUUGGUUAUGUUAUAAUAACUUUAUCUUUUAACUAAGGAAAUAACUGUCUUUGGAUCAAUUCAGUUUUGGUUUU